AAAAAAAAAAAAAAAAACACAUGUUAAAGAGAGAGCAAGAGAGAGUUCAAGAAGAAGAAAAGCAUUUUUUAAUAAACAAUAUAGGUACCUAAUAAAUUUAUCAAUUAAUUAAUUAAAAAAAUGUUGACACCACAAUUUGAAUUGUCACAAACUGACAAUGACGUUACAAUUAAAAUUUAUGCACGUUAUGCAAAUAUUAAAGAAACUGAAAUAUCUGUUGAAGGAACAGAAUUUUAUUUUUCAUCACCACCAUUCUAUUUGAGAUUAAAUUUACCUGGUGAAAUAAUUGAAAAUGAUUUUGCAUCUGGUUCAUAUGACUGUGACACUGGUACAUUUUUAUUAAAAUUUCCAAAAGUUAAAGCUGGUGAAUAUUUUGAUAAUUUAGACAUGAUAACAACAUUGUUAGCACCACGUAAAGAAAAAGUACCAAAUGUUGGACCAAUUAUUGAAGUUAUUGGUAAUCCAGUAGCUCAAAAUAUAUCAACUGAUGAUCAAAAUACAAAUAAUGAUGAUAAUGAAUGGCAUUUUCCACAAUCUGUUGCUUCAAAUAUCAUAGUAUCAUCAUUAAAUGCUCCAAAAUAUGGUUUUGCUAAUAAAAUAAGUGGAGCAUUAUCAGCAUUUGAUCCAGGUUGGUUAACAGAUGUUGUUGAUUUACCAUCACCAGAUACAACACCAAUGAAUGAACGUAAAACACUAAGAGUCAAUGAUGAAACAAAUAAAUUUGAAGAUGAACAUUAUCUUGCUGAUUUAUUUGAUCCAAUUGAUGAACUUGAAUUGAGUUUAACAUUCAAGCCAUUUUGGUAUGAUUUAACUAAAGAAAAUAUAAAUUUUACAAGUAAAGAAUUAGAUAUUCUUAAAGAAUUACCAAAUAAAGAAUUUAUACUUGAUGAUAAUGAAAUUCAAAAUGCAUUAUUUGGUAUUGUUGAUAUAUUAUUUAGCAGUUGUUAUAAUCACAGAACAACACUUGAUGAAAAUACUGCUGAAAGUAGUUUUAAUAUUAAUAAAUUAAGUGCAACAUUAUCAUGGUUUAAUAAUUAUACAAAUAUUAAAGAAGUUGUUAAUACAUGUAUGAGAAGAUCACUUUGUUUUCAACGUUUUAGACACUGGACAUUGUCAAUGAUGAUACUUGAUGAUGUUAAAAAAAUUAUAAAACUUGGAAAAAAGCUAAUAAUCAAACGUUUUUGUGAAAUUUAUGAAUUAUUUAAUAAUUCAUUUGAACCAAGAUAUAUUCUAAAUCAAUUAUACAUAAGAGAUUAUUUAAUUUGGUUACAAAAAAUACCAGAUAAAAUUAUUGAAUCAAUUGAUACAAGUCUUGAUAAUAUUAUACCAAAAAAAGAAGACAUGGAUUUACAAAUUGUUGAAUUAGAAGCAGCUGCAUGGUCAUGCAUAAAAGAAGAUGAAGAAAAUAAAAAUAAAGAAAAUAAUCUUAUUAUUGAAAAUCAAAUUCAUAAUAUGACAAAUGACAUAAAUAAUAUUGUCAUAAACAAUGAUGAUGUAAAAAAUAAUAGUUGUACAAGUGAUUCAAGUGAUACAAGUGAUUCUAGUGAUUCUAGUGACUCAGAUUCUGAUAGUGAUUCAUCAACAAGUGACAGUUCAAGCAGCAGUGAUUCAAGUUCUUCAUUAAGUUCAACACAAUCUGAUGGAUCUGAUGAUGAACAAGAAAAAAAAUCACAACUAACAAUAAUGAAAAUGAAAAAUAAUAAUGAAAUACUUGAUUCUGAUGACGAUGAUGAUGAUGAUGAUUCUGAUUACCAUGAUGAAAGUCAUAAGCUAAUUUAAUUAUUAUUCAUCUAAACAAAAAAAAAAAAAAACAACAAAAUAACCAUUAAACUUUAUAUUUUAUAUUUUUAUUAUUUGCAAAAAUAUAAAUAAAUUAUUUUUAGUUUACAAUAAAUACUGCUUCAAUCUAAAAAA